AUGCCCAUUUCCUCCACUUUCCCGUCACUCCCGCUCCUCCCGUCCCUUUCUUCCCUCAUCCUGUCGUCGGCUCUGUCCCUCAUCCCGUCGCUCCCGUCCCUCCCGUCCGUCCCGUCGCUUCCGUCCCUCCCAUCACCCACGUCCCUCUCCCCCUCUCUCAUUCCUUCCCUCUUCGCCUCUCCCCUUUCUGUACACCGUUCUACAGCCCGCGCUACGUCCCCCCUUCCCUACACACAGAUUCAACCCUUCCCUACGUGCAGCUUCAACCCUUCCCUACGCGAAGUCUCCUGUCCCUCUGCACCCCCUCUUCCGUCCCGUCUUUCCUACUUCCAUCACUCGCACCUACCGCUCACUCACACCACACCCAUCGCUCACUCACACCCAUUACUCACUCAGCGACCCCGCCUUUCCUUCCCUCCAUCUCAUUUUUCCCUUCGCCCAUCUCCUCCAAUCCCUCUCAGGAAAUCUCCUCUCGUCCCUCGCAGCACACCACCCCCCCCCCCCCCCCCCCCCCCACCCCCCCCCUCCUCUCCUCCCUCCCCUCUCUGCCCUCUCCUCCUAUCCCUCUCAACUCUCUCUCUCCUUUCCCUCUCUGCCUUCUCCGCCUUUCCCUCUCAACCCCUUCCCACCCUCCCCCUCCUUUCCCUUCAGGCCUCCUCCCGCCGAUCUUCCUUCCCUCCUACUCACCGCCCUCCCUUACUCCUCCUUGUGACGCAGGGUGCAGGGAACCUGCGGAGGCCUCCGCACCCUGUGGUGCUGCAGUGGAUCGCGGAGGCUUGGGAUCAAGUCCCCAAGCAAAUCAUCAUCGACGCGUUCCGCCACUGUGGGAUCUCGAGCAAGCUGGACGGAACAGAGAACCACCUGGUGAUGUCUCACCUGCGCGCCAGGAGCACCACCGAUGUCUCCGCGGACAUGUCUCUCGGGGGGACCACAGGCGACAACACGCGCCUGCUCGGUCGGGCUCCAGAGGAGGAGGAGGAGGCGAUGCAGGUGGAGGGCGUGCGGGAGGUGGCUGUGGCAACCGGCCUGGAGGUGUUGUACCAGGAGACCCCCAACUACCGCGGAGCGGCGGCCGAGGCUGACCGCAUGAUCGAGCCUAGGGAGACGGCUAGGCAUGCCUGGCGAGUGCCAGACCUGGGUGUAGAGCCUGAUGUUAGUGAAGGUGAGGAGGCGGUGAUUGAGGGGGGUUAG